UAGGCAUCAAAUCCAUAGGCAAAUACUUGAGUUUGGGUGCAUUCUGUAUGACCAGCUCCCGCAGCAGCACCAGUUCCGACACUUCCGGGAACAUGUACAAAUUCACCACAUUCUGCAGAUGCAGUCCGGUGAUCAGCUUCUCCACAUCGGAGAAGAUAUUCCCGCCCAGCAGAUCAAUACUCGGCGAAUUCCAGAUGUACAGCUCAAAGCUGGCGUUCAGUCCCGCAAAGAGCGCCAGAUUGUUAUGCAACCCGUUCCCGGUGACAUCUUCGCAGACCACGCGUUUUAGCAACGGGCAAAUGAAUUUAACUGAGCCGUCGAUUUAACUUUAACGACAAAUCAGCCAGUCUAUGCAUACGUAGCCGAUAUUGUGCACGGACGCCAAGGGCGGUGGACAACAGAGCAGGCUUAAGCAACGAAUGACUGGCGCAGACGCUGCGAGUCGCAAGCUGCAUGUAUCAAACGGCGUUCCCGCACCGGAAGCACUGAAAUACCGCGCAAGCAGCAAUCAGUCAAAAUCGCUUUCCAGUUUCUGAGUUUCACUUUUAUUGUUAGACUGAUGUUUCCGAAACUGCGAUUUAUUUUUCGAGUAACCUGGGUGCUUUAUUUUUCUGUUGGUGGUAUAAUUUACAUGUCUGUAUAAUUAUGGAAAAUACAUGGCUCUUAAAGUUUUCUAUAAUUCCCUUAGAUGAUUAUAUUUGCUGAGUUCUACACGUGAAGCGUCGUCUCGUUUCGGUCCAUAAAUUUCCCUUGCAAAGCCAGUAAAGGGAUAAAUUCCGUGCUGGCCGAUGGAUGCGAUUAUUCUGAGCAUGCUGCGUCCGUUCCCGCGGGGCGGUUGCUGCUUGCGGCAGCGCGUUCCCGGCUUCUCCACGCUGGCCGCCCGCUGCGCUCCCCCGCAGCAUGAUCCCCGUGCGGAGUGGCAGCUGUCGGAGGAGUCCCGCGAACGACUGGCUCGCCAGAAACGCCAUCCGGGCAUGCUGCGGACGGGCAUGGUGGACCUGCCAGUGGAUCUCAACCUGGCCAUCAACCGGGUCUUAAUGAAGUUUGAUGCGCGGAAUAUCCGACAGGAUGCGCAGCAGUUCCGCCAGCAGAUCCUGCACCGUGUACCAGCGCCCGAGCAGAAGGAUAUCAAGGCGCGCGCCAGCAAGCUGGAGCAGGAAUAUGUGCGGCAGCAUGAUCUGCCAACCCGCCGUUCCCGCUUGACCGAUUCGGAGCGGCUGCAGAUCCGCGCGCAGAUCAACGACGUCGUGCUGCCCAAGCUGAAAUCGGAGUUCUACCAGUGGAAGCGCGUCGAGUACACCCCGUACCGUGCCGCGCUGUACCUGGCCACCCGCUACCCCGAGGAAUUCCAGAUCAUGCGGCGCAUCUUCACGGAACUGCAGCGCCGUGUCCACGAUUUCGCCCCGACGACGCUGUUUGACUACGGGUCGGGUGUGGGCACGGUGGCCAUGGCGGCCAACGAGGUGUUCAAGGAGAGUAUGCAGGAGUACUUUUGCGUGGAUUAUUCGCCGGAUAUGAAUGAUAUUGCAAGGGCCAUUGUCGAGAACGGCGGGGAGGGACGCGAGCCGUUGCUGAAGAAGGCAUACUUCCGCCAGUUCCUACCCGGGAAACAUGACCGCACAUUCGAUAUCGUUACCUCUGCCUUCACCUUGAUGGAUUUGGGGGAAUCUCGCGAUCGUUUGGAAGUUGUACGGAUGUUGUGGCGGAAGACGAAUCGUUUUUUUCUCGUGGAACAGGGAAACACGCUGGGCUACCGUACGAUUAUGGAGGCCCGCGAUCACAUCCUGCAGAUCGACCGCGACAGCAAGAAACCUGUGAGAAACCCCGUGAUUAAGGAAAGUGUCGGAGGCGGCCGUGUCUUCGCUCCCUGUCCGCACAGUCAGGAGUGUCCGCGCUUAGCCAACGCCUCCAACCGCAAGGAGGUGGUCUGCCGCUUCCCCGUCGCCUUCAACCCGCUGCCCUUAAUGUCGUACCGUGCGGCCCCCAAGAACACCGGGACCUUCUCCUACGUCGUCCUGGAAAAAGACCCCGUUAUCCCGGCAACAACUAGCUCGACCACCGCCGACGCCCCGCCGGCACCGGCCCCCAACACCUGGCCGCGCGUGGUGCAGCCCCUCAAGAAGCGCCACCAUCACGUCAUCUGCCGGAUGUGCUGUCCGGAUGGGGAGCUGCGCGAGCUGAUCAGCACCAAGUCCAAGCACCAGGACACCUUCUACGCACUGCUGCGCCGCUCCAAAUGGGGCGACCGGGUGCCGCUGACCACCGCGGAAAUGGCGGGGACCCGCAAGUUGGAGGGGGAGGAGGUGGAGCGGAUGAACGAGGAAGAGGAGAUGGACAGCGCGGAAGGGCCGGAAACGACAGAGUGGAGAGGGAACGAUGACGAAGAUGAGCCACGUUAAGAAAAAUUCAGUGUGUAAAAAGUAAAAAUUAAAGGCGGCGGUUGUGAUGGGGAUUUUUAUUGUGUGGACGGUUAUUCUUUGAUAUUUUUGUGGAUUCGGUGGUUUCUGGGUUAUGGGUACAUAGUACUACAUACCAAUAUUUUCGUAAAUAAAGAAUACGGAUAACAUGGUUG